AUGAAUUUUAUACUGCUUUAACUAGAUGAGUCUAUUUAACAAAUAAUUUAACUUUUUAAUUAAACAGAAGAUUCAUGCUAUCAAAUGAUAUACUAAAUUAUGACAUACAUAAUUGAUGAUAAUAAUGCAAUCUAAGAAUAUAAAUAGAAAUCAGAUUUACUUAAUCUCAUUUAUAAUCUCAAAAGUCAUUUAAGAUAGAACCCCUGUAACAAAGUCAAAUUGUUUAUUAUUUAGAAAGAACGAAAGAUAGGAGAUAUUGAUGAUAGUGAUUUGGAUUUACACAAAAAAUGUAAGAAGUAGUUAAAAGAACUGACUGACAAAUUAUCAAAAAGAGAUUAAUUAAUCUAAGAUUAAACAUCAUCUUAUAUGAAGGAGAUUCAAAUUCUAAGUGAAUAAAUUUAUAGACUAAACCAUGCUUAAACAAAUAAUGAGAAUAUUUUUAUUGAUAGAAAUUUAAUAAAAGAUUAAGCUACUUUAGAUAUAAUAAAUAAAAGCUUUGAAAAAAUCUCUCAUUCAUAUGAAAAUAAGAUUAAGCAUUUAAAUAUUAUAGUCGAAGCAUAAAAAAGAGAAUUGGUAUUGACAAAACAGACAUUAAAAGAGUAUAAAUAAAAACAUGAACAUCAUUAGUCUGCUGAAUAUUUAGUCAGAAAAAUAGCAUAACUUGAAAAAGAUCCUUAUAAAAUAUGGAAAUAUUUUUAAGAUAAUCAUGGUAAUUCAUUUCUUUUAUCAGUAUUUAAACAUCAAAAAUAAGGUUAUGCAAUUAAUUAUAAAGAAAUUGAUUAGAUUCUUUCAUAAUCAAAAGUAAUAGAAAGAGAAAUGUAGUUCUAUUAAUAAUUAAUUGAAACAUCUAUUGCUUAAUUUAUGGAAAAAAUUAAUUAAGAUCUAAAAAAGACAAAAGAAGCUUACACAUAAAAAGAAAUGGAAUUGACAUCUUAAAUUGCUUUAUAACAUAAAGUACAAAAUGAUCUAGAGACUAACUAUCAAAAAAUCAUUUUAUAUUGUAAUUUAAUUAUAUAUUUAUAAAAGUGCUCUCCAAAAAUAAAACCAUUUUAUUAAAGACUGCCAUUCAUAUUUGGAGGAAUCAAUCUCAACCUAGUAAAGUAGUUUAAGCUAAUCCUAAAUAAUCAUCUUAUAUUUAAGAUUUUUUAUAAAGUAUAUUGAAACUUAAGGUUAAUUAUGAAAAUUUAGAUUAUUCUUAAAUUUAUCAUAAUUAAUUUAUAUAAUUACAAUCAAAGAUAACUUGGUUAUAAAAAUUACUAUUGAAUUAUUAAUAGAGUAUAUAGAAAUAAUAGUUUUAAAAAGAUUAGUUAGAAAAUUAAUUGAAAUUAUUAUAAUAGAAAGGUAUAGUCAAUAAUUAAAAUGAGAAAUUUAUUGAAACAGAUAGAAAGAAGUAAAAUUAAAUUAAUAUUGAGUUUGAAAAAGAAAUAGAAGUAAAAUAAUAACAAUAAGACUUAGAAAUGA